CGAAAAAAAAAUAUUAUGUUGCAAAAAGAAAGCUGCAGAAAGAUGCUUUCCAAAUCACUACAAUAGAAAAUGGCACUUCAUAAAUGUCCCUAAAGGAAUCAGUAUCUCUCUCUCUCUGUCUCUCUCACUCCCUCUCUCUGUUUUCACUCAUUUCUUGCUCACUGUGCGGGCUGCGGUGCUGUGUAGUGAAGAUGUGAAACUACAGUAACUCAGAGCUCACAGGUGAAGAGCAGAGCAUCAGUUCACUCUUCUCUCCUCUCUUCACCACCACUGCUGCUGCUGCUGCUGCCAGACAGACACAAACAUGAGCGGAGGAAACCUCACGACUCACCACCGGACCAGAAUAACCAACCGUCUGACUCUUUAACACGUUUUUAUAUUCCGUGAGUGGAGGAAACCUCCUGACUUGACCUGAAAAUCUACGGAUAGGAAGGGACAUGAGUGCGGCGGAGCUACCAAGGAACUCUCAAUAAAUGAGCUGAAGUGUCAAAAGGAUUUCUUUCUCUUUUCGGUCUCCGGGUUUCCUCUUGCUGGCGUGCAGGAAUGAUGUGUGCUUCGCUGGACUUAUAAUCGACCAGUAAAUUCGCAGGCUGAUGAAACACUUUGUCAGUCCUUGUUUCUCUUUGCUUUACUGCAACCCAGUGAGAGAACCGCUAAACAUCACUGUAGUGCAGUGGUAAUGGACUCUCGUUUUGGCAUCUUGGUUAUGCAUGCUUUUGAGUCGCCCUGCUUUUGCAUGUCUGCUUCUGUGAAAUGCAUAACUCACAAGUCCUGCUCGUCUGACUUCUUUAGAGAGCAGCGGAUGCUCAAAAUGUUUUCCCACCAAUCUGCAUGAGAGAUGGCGACCAAAGUCCAAGGGUGGUUAUCUACACGGUCACACCUGUUCGGGUGGACAGGUGAAUGAAUGCAUGAAUACUGGCUCAGUUUGUCUCAGCAGCAAGUGUUUUUUGAAGCUGUUUUCUGACUCCGGCAUUCAGAUCGAGCUUGUUGCACAGUAACGAUGGAUCUCAAAGUAGAAACCGAAGAAAUGGACACAAAUCAGCCUCCACCUCUAGAAGUUUUUGCGCACAGCUCGACCCUUCACGGGAUCUCUCACAUCUUCACGUACGAGCGGUUCUGCAUCAAACGCUGCCUGUGGGUGGUGUUUUUCUUGGGCUCCCUGACCUUCUUGCUGUACGUGUGCGUGGACCGGAUCCACUUCUAUCUCGAGUACCCGCACGUCACCAAACUGGAUGAGGUCACGACCCCGAUCAUGACGUUCCCCGCGGUCACCUUUUGCAACCUGAACGCGUUCCGCUUCAGUCGAGUGACACGCAACGACCUUUAUCACGCAGGAGAGCUGCUGGCCCUGCUCAACCAGAGGUAUGAGAUCAGGGACAUGCAUCUUGUGGAGGAGAGCGUUCUGGAGAGCCUGAAGGUCAAAGCCGACUUCCACAAUUUCAAGCCGCGACCCUUCAAUAUGCUGGAAUUCUACGACCGCACCGGUCAUGACAUCAACGACAUGUUGCUCUCCUGCCACUUCCACGGGACCGAGUGCAGAGCGGAGGAUUUCAAAGUGGUUUUCACUCGCUACGGGAAGUGUUAUACCUUUAACGCAGGGGGUGAUGGACGUCCUCCCCUCAUCACCACCAAGGGAGGUAUGGGUAAUGGACUGGAGCUCAUGCUGGACAUUCAGCAGGAUGAAUACCUGCCUGUAUGGGGAGAAACAGAUGAAACAUCGUUUGAAGCCGGGGUCAAAGUUCAGAUCCACAGUCAGGACGAGCCGUCUUUCAUUGAUCAGCUCGGGUUCGGAGUAGCUCCUGGAUUCCAGACGUUUGUUUCCUGCCAGGAACAGAGGCUGAUAUAUCUUCCCCCGCCCUGGGGAGACUGUAAGGUGACACCCAUGGAUUCAGACUUCUUUGACAGUUACAGCAUCACAGCCUGUCGCAUUGAUUGUGAAACACGCUACCUGGUGGACAACUGUAACUGUCGCAUGGUACACAUGCCUGGCGAUGCACCCUACUGCACCCCCGAGCUGUACAAAGAAUGUGCUGAUCCAGCUCUUGAUUUCUUGGUGCAGAAAGAUAAUGAUUUCUGUGUGUGUGAGACACCGUGUAACAUGACCAGAUACAGCAAAGAGCUGUCCUUCGUCAAGAUCCCCAGCAAGGCCUCUGCUAAAUAUCUUGCAAAGAAAUACAACAAAUCUGAGCAGUAUAUCAAGGAAAACAUCCUGGUUCUAGACAUCUUUUUUGAGGCUCUAAACUAUGAAACUAUUGAACAGAAGAAGGCGUAUGAAGUGGCUGGACUUUUAGGUGAUAUUGGUGGUCAAAUGGGACUUUUUAUUGGGGCAAGCAUACUCACCAUUCUGGAGCUAUUUGACUAUCUUUAUGAGGUAAUAAAGUACAAGCUGUGUCGCUGCUCUGAUAAGAAGCACAAGCACAACAACAACAAUGACCAGGGUACAGUCCUGAGCCUAGACGAUGUCAAGUGUCACGUCAGUAACUUUCACUAGGCUUCCGCAGCUGUGAACAGGGAGCUGCUGCUCUCUCUUGUCUCUAAGGGGAUCCAUGGACUUUGUUCGUUGCAGUAAGCCAGACUGCUGGAGCAACAGAGAGCGUGUUUGAACUGUGCCUGGAUAAUGUUUGUGAACAGUGCGAUGAACACGUGGCUAAGGUGACAGGAGAGCCACACGGACAGCAGGACAGCAGAAACCAGUGAUCAACAUGUUGUAAUGAAUAAAAAAACUGCAUGGUCAUCUGUAAACAGCUUUUCAAGACAUAUGGUAGUAACAGAUACAAUAAAUGGGGGCAUGAACUAAGCUUAAGUUCAUAUGUUUUCAGUAAAUCAGCAUUUAAAAUCACAGCUAUGUGGUGGUGUUUGAUUUUUGUUUAAGCUGGCUUUUUGUUUGUGUUUGAGUUUUUUUGUAAAAUAAUUGAU